AUGAGAACACCAUGCCGAGCUGCUGGAAUACUGGGCCGGAAGCCUCUGCUGAAGAAGACCACCUUGCUGGGCAGAGAUCACCAUUCCUGGAUGAAACCGGCUGCCAGGGCCCUGGAAUACCUGGAUACCAAAAACAAGGAAUACCUCCACUCAGGGCCGAGACCUCCACACGGGGACAAGGCCACCACACCACAGAAUUUCCAGAACCCAUUUUUCAACACAUCGCCGAAUGGUACCCAAAUCUCACCCGUGUUAAUCGUAAACAGCCCAACAGUUACUGUGCCCUGCCCAGUGUCUAUCCCGUAUCUCAAUGUCACACUGCGAUUGGGUCUUACAUCAAGGACACUUUAUCCCAAUGGUAAAGACGUGAUAUGGAAUAAUAAAGAGGGAAUGAUUGUCUUACGACACAAAAUUGAAGACUUACUAUAUGUUUCCUGCGAAACUGUUGUCGGUGGCACACUGUAUAAAACAUCACCCUUCUUCAUCCAGGUCACAGGACAACUGAUAUACAAGUUUACACUGAAGCCUAAUCACACUGAACUGGUGGCAGGGAAGAAGCUGGUACUGAACUGCAUUGUCGAGGCAGAAUUCAAUGUUGUUGUUGACUUUCAGUGGGAAUACCCGGGAAAAAUGGCUGAUCAACCAGUGCUUUCAUCGCAAAAACGUGAGCUGAAUGAAGGGUUAGAACUGAGCAGUACUCUCAUCAUAAAUAACAUAACAAUGGCGGAGGGGGGCACCUACAUCUGCAGGGCCAAUAACGGCUUCGACAUUAAGGAGAGAGCAGCAGAGGUCAUUGUGCAUGAAAAGCCUUUCAUCCAUGUGAAUUAUGAUAAGAGCCCCAUCAUUGAGGCAACAGUGGGACAGAAAAAUAUGUAUUUCCCUGUGAAGUUCCGAGCCUAUCCCAAACCUGAGAUCAAACUGUACAAAAAUGGAAAAUUUAUCAGUAAAAGUCCAUCCUUUAACAAGGUGAAACUUUCAUCAUCGGGUUUGGUGAUCGGGGAUGUGACCGAGCAGGAAGCAGGGAACUACACCAUAGUGCUACGAAACAACAAAGCGAAACUAGAGGAGCGACUCCAUCUGCAGCUGGUGGUCAAUGUCCCACCUCAGAUUCACGAGAAGGAAGUGGCUUCCCCGACCAACAUUUACCCACGUGGAAGUCGCCAGACACUGACCUGCACCGUCUACGGGAUCCCUGCUCCUGUGAAGAUACAAUGGUCCUGGAGGCCAUGGGGGCCUUGUGGUCUAAAAUCCUACCGCAGCCUGGGACAUCGAGCAUCCAAGAUGCGUCGACCUCGGGAUAGGACCCCCGAGUGCCGAAAUUGGAGGGACAUCUCAACAGGGAGCUCUAUCAACAAGAUUGAGAGCAUUGAAACCAGCACAGAGAUUCUGGAGGGGAGGAACAAGACGGUCAGCAAGCUGGUAAUUUUAGCUGCAAAUAUCUCCGUCAUGUACAAUUGUUCUGCUUUCAACAAGGUUGGACGGGAUGACCGGGUCAUCUACUUCUAUGUGACAAGUAUCCCAGAAGGAUUUGGAAUUGAUCUUCAGCCUUCGGAAAUCCCGGUGGAAGGCGAGAAUGUGAAGCUACGUUGCAACGCGGAUAACUACACGUACGAGAACCUGAGGUGGUAUCGGCUCCUCCCCAGCGCCCUGGAGGGGGAGCUUGGAGAGCCCCCAGUUCUGGAGUGUAAAAGCAUGCAUCUGUUUGCCAAGGAGAUGAAAGGAGUGAUGAUGAUGGACUCGCUGAUGAAAGGCGUGGCACUCGAGCUUCAGAUUCCCAGCAUUACUUUAAAUGAUGAGGGGGAUUAUGUGUGCGAGGUACAGAACAAGAAGACUGGAGAGAAACAUUGCCACAGGAAAUACAUCUUAGUGCGAGCUCAGGAGAUGCCAAGCCUCCUUGUCAACUUGACCGAUACCUCAGUCAACAUUAGUGACUCUAUCCACAUGAACUGUAAAGCAAGCGGCACCCCCCACCCCACCGUCAUCUGGUUCAAAGAUGAAAAGCCACUCCAUGAGCUCUCAGGGGUCAUCCUCAGUGAGCAAAACCAAACGCUGACCAUCCAGCGAGCACAAGAGGAGGAUGCCGGUCUGUACAAGUGCUUCGCCUGUAACUCCAAGGGCUGUGUUAAUUCAUCUGCAACCAUCUCUGUCGAAGGAGGUGAUGAUAAAUCAAAUAUCGAAGUUGUGAUCCUGGUUGGAACUGGAGUUAUUGCAGUCUUCUUCUGGGUGCUCCUCAUCCUUAUCUUUUGUAAUGUCAAGCGGACUAGUCCAGCCGAUAUUAAAACUGGAUACUUGUCAAUAAUCAUGGAUCCAGAUGAGAUCCCGUUGGAUGAGCAGUGCGAAUACCUGCCCUAUGAUUCCAGCAAGUGGGAGUUCCCCCGGGAUAGGCUUCGGCUUGGCAAAACUCUGGGUCACGGAGCAUUUGGAAAAGUUGUGGAAGCCUCUGCUUUCGGAAUUGACAAAAGCAGCAGCUGUAAGACCGUGGCUGUGAAAAUGUUGAAAGGUCCUUUGAUGGUGAUUGUUGAGUACUGCAAGUAUGGAAACCUUUCAAAUUAUUUGAGGAGCAAGCGUGAAGAUUUUAUACCCUACAGGGACCGGGCUCCGAAAAUGAGGAAUCAGGUGAUCUCAAUGGUGGAAGUAGUGAAAGGACUGGACAACAGGAGUCGGGCAUGUACCAGUGAGAAUGCAAUCUGUAAACGAGCAGCCAUGGAGAAAAUCCUUUGUCAUCCUGAGGAGCUGGUGGAAGUUGACGACCUCUGGCAAUGCCCUCUGACCUUAGUGGACCUUAUCUGCUACAGCUUCCAAGUUGCUCGUGGGAUGGAGUUCCUGGCAUCGAGAAAGUGUAUUCACAGAGACCUGGCAGCUCGCAACAUUCUCCUGUCUGAAAACAACGUGGUGAAGAUUUGUGAUUUCGGCCUCGCCAGAGACAUCUACAAGGAUCCUGAUUACGUGCGAAAAGGGAACGCUAGACUCCCGCUCAAGUGGAUGGCUCCUGAGAGCAUUUUCGAUAAGGUCUACACCACUCAGAGUGAUGUGUGGUCAUUUGGGGUCCUCCUAUGGGAGAUCUUUUCUCUGGGUGUCUCUCCCUAUCCCGGAGUCCAGAUUAAUGAGGAAUUCUGCCAGAAACUGCGGGAAGGCACCAGGAUGCGGGCUCCGGAAUAUGCUACAGCAGAAAUGUAA